CAAAAGCUGUCAAGUCGCAAAAUCCAGCGUGUUUUUAUUUACGUUUCGUGCCAUCCAAAGAAUCGAUCUCCACCAAAUUCGGCCACUUACUACGCCUCAAAUUCCCGGAUUCCGCCGCGGUUCGACCGCAAAACAAACGCCACGCCAUGAAGGUCAAAGUGAUCAGCCGCAACCCGGACAAUUACGUGCGCGAGACGAAGAAGGACAUUCACCGGGUUUUCCGGAACUACGACGCAGCGCAGCAUCCGUUCGAGGGCGCCCGGGAGUACGUGCGGGCGUUGAACGCGACCAAGCUGGAGCGCGUGUUUGCGAAGCCGUUCGUGGGGAACUUGGACGGGCACAAGGAUGGCAUCUCGGCGCUGGCCAAACAUCCGAAGAGUUUGUCGAUUCUGCUGAGUGGGUCGUACGACGGCGAGGUCAAGCUGUGGAACGUUCCGGCCCAGGAGUGUAUGCAGAGCGUGUUGUGUCACAGCGGGUACGUGCGGGGGAUCACGUUCUCGAACGAUGGGUCGCGGUUCUUCACGAUUGGUGAUGACAAGGCGAUCAAGAUGUGGGAUUCGGGGAUUGCGGACAGCGAGGAGGACCAGCACGAACCGCUGAACACGAUUCUGGGCAAGACGGUGGUCACGUCGAUUUCGCACAAUUACGAGGAACCGUUCUUCGCGACUGCGGGUGAGAGUUGUCACAUUUGGGAGGAGACGCGGAACGCACCGAUCAAGACACUGCAGUGGGGAGUGGACACUCUGUACGACAUCAAGUACAACCCGGUGGAGACGUCGCUGAUGGCGGCCUGCUGCAGCGAUCGUGGCAUCAUCUUCUACGACCAGCGCGAGAUCAAACCACUGCGGAAGAUCGUGAUGACCCUGCGACCGAACCAACUGGCCUGGAAUCCGAUGCAAGCCUAUUACUUCACGGUGGCCAGCGAAGACUACAAUCUGUACACGUUCGACACCCGGCGCCUGCAGAACCCGCUCAAAAUCCACGGUGGCCACGUUUCGGCCGUGACGUGCGUCGAUUACGCCCCGACCGGGCGGGAAUUCGUCAGCGGAAGUUACGACAAAACGAUUCGCCUGUUUGACGCCCACAAAGCCAACUCGCGCGAGAUCUACCACACCAAGCGGAUGCAGCACGUGACCUGCGUCGGCUGGUCGCUGGACAACAAGUACGUCUACUCCGGCUCGGACGAAAUGAACGUCCGGCUGUGGAAGGCACGGGCCGCGGAAAAGCUCGGGGCGCUUCAACCUCGCGAAAAGCAAGCCUUCAAGUACAACGAAGCGCUCAAGGAAAAGUACGCCGCCCAUCCGCAGAUUCGUCGGAUUGCGCAGCACCGGCAAGUGCCCAAGAUGGUGUACAAGGAGCGCGAGAAGCUGCAGACGGUCAAGCAGAAGAUAAAGCGGAAGGAGGACAAUGUGCGCAAGAAUUCCAAGCCCGGCAAGGUGCCGUACGUGGCCGAGUCGAAGAAGAAGGUGCUGCGCGAGGAGAGUUGAAGGGUUGGCUUAUUUUGCUUCAUUUCUUUAAAUAAAAGUGUAAUUUUCA